AGAAGGAAGCGGAACUGACGUACAGCGCCCAGUAGUUGGUGGGAGAGCCGGAAAGAGAGAGGGGGAGGGGCCGGGCCCGGGAGCCGGAGGUAGCCGCGGAGCAGCCGCCACCGUCGCCGCCGCCGCUACCGGGACCCCAGGGGGCAAUAUGGCUGAAAUCAGUGACCUUGACCGUCAGAUCGAGCAGUUGCGGCGCUGUGAGCUCAUCAAGGAGAGCGAGGUCAAAGCCCUCUGUGCCAAAGCCAGAGAGAUCUUGGUGGAAGAAAGCAACGUCCAGAGAGUAGAUUCCCCAGUAACAGUUUGUGGGGAUAUCCAUGGCCAGUUCUAUGACCUUAAAGAGCUCUUCAGGGUGGGUGGUGAUGUGCCUGAGACCAACUAUCUCUUCAUGGGUGACUUUGUCGACCGUGGCUUCUACAGUGUUGAAACAUUCUUGCUACUGCUGGCACUCAAGGUCCGGUACCCUGACAGGAUCACCCUGAUCCGUGGCAACCAUGAGAGCAGACAGAUCACCCAGGUAUAUGGCUUUUACGAUGAGUGCCUGAGGAAAUACGGCUCUGUCACCGUUUGGCGUUACUGCACUGAGAUCUUUGACUACCUCAGCCUCUCUGCUAUCAUUGAUGGCAAGAUUUUCUGUGUCCAUGGUGGUCUGUCCCCAUCCAUCCAGACACUGGACCAGAUUCGAACGAUAGAUCGCAAACAGGAGGUUCCUCAUGAUGGUCCCAUGUGUGAUCUUCUUUGGUCUGACCCUGAAGAUACCACAGGCUGGGGGGUGAGCCCACGAGGUGCCGGCUACUUAUUCGGCAGUGACGUGGUGGCGCAAUUCAACGCGGCGAACGACAUCGACAUGAUCUGUCGAGCGCAUCAGCUGGUCAUGGAGGGGUACAAGUGGCACUUCAACGAAACAGUUCUUACUGUGUGGUCAGCUCCCAACUACUGCUACCGCUGUGGGAAUGUGGCAGCCAUCCUGGAACUGGAUGAACACCUUCAGAAGGAAUUUAUUAUCUUUGAAGCUGCCCCCCAAGAAACUCGAGGCAUCCCGUCUAAGAAGCCUGUUGCGGACUACUUCCUGUGAAUGCUUCUUCCAUCUCCCCCCACCCUUCCCUCGUGCGGCUUCUGUUUUCUUGUCCUGGCUGGGGUGGGCAGCCUCUUUGAAGUUUGGCAGGGAUCAGGUCUCUUCCCCCCCCCCCCCGCUCCAUUCCCCUUGCCCAAUAAACCCUCAGUUCUGGACCCCUUAGACUGAAUUGGCCAUCUUUUUCCACACUACUGAAUUCCAGCCAAUCGCUUUAUAGUCUCUUCAGGGCUGCCCUAGUUUUUAUUUUCCGCCCGAAACACAUUUUUGGGACCUCUGGUCAUUGGAAAAACAUAGAACUCUUCUGAUCUCAGAUCACUCCAGGCGAAACGGGGUGGGGUGGGGGGGAAGGUCAACCCAGAAAUGGAGAGGAGCUGUAGAUCUUCAGAGUUCUAUGGUUUCCUAGGGGCACAGCUGACAGCCUCCCAGCCUAGUUCUCUAGCUCAUCUGCAGUGCUUCUCUAUUCUCUAGAAGGACUGGAAAUUAUUUAUAGAAGAUGUAUCAGAUGGAGAGAACUGGACUUGGAAAUAAAGAGGAAACCAGUGACCAAAGAAUAUCUGCAACUGUUAGGAGGAUGAAGUCUCUAGACUGGUUCUCUGCUUCUACGUCACUUAGGUGCUUCCUGGUUUAACUUUUUUU